GGGCGACCACCACCCCCAGCCGACCGGGCGGGGCUGGCAGCGCUGCCCCACGUCCCUCCGCCUGCCCCUCUUACUCGGCGGCCCGCGGGGCUCCGGCCCCUUCCCCCGCCGCGGCGCUCCCAGCGCUGGCGGCUCCCGCUGCCUCCGCCGCUGGGGCCGGUGGGGAUCACGUCCCCGUCCUCUUCCCCCGCCUCCAGGCUGGCGGUUUCUUCUUCCCUCCAAAAAUCCACCCACCUCCUCAGACGACACCGCGAGGGCAGGAACUGGCUCCCGGCUGCCGUCCAGGGCACCCGCCCUGCGGCCGGGGAGCGCAGAGCCCCGCCGGCCCCCGCCCGCCAGCACGGCCUGGGGCGGUGGCGUGUGCUGCGCCUUCCCUGGGCGUUUUCGGAGGGUGUUCACUCAGGAACGAGCUCAGAUUUUCCGCCCUAACGCAGGAUUUGGUGCCUCUGCCGCCAGCUCCACCUGCACCUGGCUUCGGGAGGGCCGGGACUGCGACCGCCCCUGGACUGGCUCUGGACGGACCCGACUCAAGUCUUGGGGGAACUUGGUUUUGUUGUCUCCGCGAAGGCGGUGAUUUUAAACAUCUUCUAUACUUUAUCGUUAUCGGAGUGUGUGAUUUUUAAUUUCGUUCUCUAGAAUUGUGUUUUCCAGCGUAGAGGCUGAACAAGGUCUCUGUGAAAGAGAACAAAGAAAAACAAAGCAUUUGUAAGAAGGAGUAAAGGUCGUCAGUGAAACAAAAGGUUAUGUCUAGUUCGUGUUCUCAGAACAAUAGUAAAGUUUUGGAUUAUGGUAGUUUUUUACUGUGCUACUCUUGAUCGUGAGAUCGCUAUCUCUGAAAAGAGGUGACUGGACUGGUCAUCAACAAACAUCCAUCAGCAAUUGCAUAGUGAGCAGGGAUGAAUAUUGGUAUCCAGAAAACCGAAGAAAGAGCUUACUUCCAGUAGCUGGAGGAAAACUCUCAAGGCCCAUAUGCUAAUUCUUGUCAACCAAGGUCACAUCUGCCAAGUUUAAAAGGGUGUUACAACUCAUGGCCAGUUGCACUGCUUCAGGUGCUUACCUACAGUACUGUGUGCUGCUGCUGUGGAUUUCAUAUACAGUUAAAAAUGUGUAGUAGUAUCUGAAAAAAAUUGAGUUCCUCAUAAAUUUCUGCUGUUAAAGACUACUUUGUGGCUGAACCUGACCUGGACCAGAGACUAUAUGUACAUGUUUUAAAUAAGCAUACUGCUGUCCAGCUGAAAAUCUGCAGGAGAGUUCUGCCCAGAUCCCUAAUCAUUUCUCACUGUCAUACAGCAUUUAAAGAUUUAUUUGCCAUCCAGACCUGUUAUAAUAUAGUCCACUCAAUGGUUGUCAAGAAGUUGAAAAGACCAAAAUUAAAGUCACUUGAGAUUUUUGAAGGGUAGAGAAGGGGAACAGUCAGGGCACUUUUCCUGUUGAGAAUCUGUUAUCAAACAGAACCAAGAAGUGUAGCUGUGUGCUCAGUUGAAUACUGCUCUCUCCACUGAAGUCAACAUCUCAGUCUGCAUGUGCACACAUCAUCAAGAAUCCAUGAUGUAUACAAAAUUGGUUCUGUGUAUUCAUAAUAAUUUUUUCUAUAGGAACCACAGUAAUGACUCCAAAUGUAAAUUAGGAUCAUAACUAAUAUCCAUAGAGACCAUUGUCAAAUUUACAAAAUGUCUCAGAGAGAGUAAACCAUAAGUAGACUGAGUGAUUGUAUAGUAUCUGAGAAGUCUCUGUUUAUAUCAGUACAACUACAUCAAUACAGUGACAAAUCCUCCAUUUUUACUUUUUUUACAUUGCCCAUCAAUUUCUCUAGCUUCAGCUUUCAAGCUAUAACAGGGACAUGAAAAUAUCACAGAGGAAAAUGUGAUCCUAGAAUCACAAAUUACAUCAUUGCUAGGCUGAGGGACUAGAUCUUAUUAUUGACUCUGAGGAGGUUAUAUUUGUGUAAUUAUCAAAAGAAUAUUUAUGCUACACAAAUCUUUGUAAACUGUGUACUUAAUUUUCUUCCUCAUAUUCAAUGUUCUUUUUUUUUAGUGUCAGUUGUUUUUGUUUGAAAUGCUGGGCUGGUUUUAGGAUUUUCAUGUAUAAGACUAUGCUGCUGUAAUUCUUCAUUCUAAAUAUGGUGUCAUAGUUACAAUAAUAAGUUAUAGAAGGAUGCAAGCUCCUUUUCUUGGAUUCAUAACACACAAGCAAACUUUCUGAGUCCCUUAAUCACCCCUGAAAUGGAUUUAAUAAAAGAGAUUGCAAAAGCAGAA